AUGGGAAGGUGGCGGAGUGCUCGACCCCCGAACACAGGGGAAGGUGCUUCAGGUGCUUCUGGAUCUGGGGCACAGACUGGGCAUGCUGGGCCCACGCCGGGGCGCUGGCGCUCCAGACAAGGGGCAGAUGCUUCUGGAAACGCAAGGCAAGCCUCACACGUCGCAGGAGAUCGGCAUGCGGCAUGGCUGUCUCGUGUGAGUGUGGACUCCUCGCUGGGGCAGCUGACCAUCAAUAUGUCCAAGCUGGCCCUCAACGAUGAGGACAUACGAGACUGGUGCCUUUGGUUUCGACACCAUCUGCCGCGGCACAAACACAGCCAGAAUCUGCAGUACGCUCACAUCGACUUUGCAGAGAACAGGAUAUCAUCUCAGGGUGCCAAGCUUUUGUUGGAGGCAUUUGGAGACCUCCAGCUGCCCGUACGCAUCCUGAAGCUGCACCAUAACAGGAUCGCUUCAGGUGCCUGUGUCGCCGAGUUCCUGCGCAGAGGUGUGGUUCAUGAGCUCCACAUCUCGCACAACGAACUCGAUGCAGAGGCAGCUGCCAGCAUCAUCUCGGCCGCGGUGCAAGCCAAGGAUGCCACGGGAGCUGUGUCCUACCCACGCCGCGCGGGCCCGCGAAACUGCGCCCCUCUCUGGGUCCGGAUGGAGCAGAACUACAUCGACCCGCCGACGCUUCUGCGGCUUCUGGACACUGAAGUGGACCCCAAGCGCAAAACUGCUGGGGUUUUCUGCGAUGCCCGCAGCAAGUGGUGCACGCCUCACAGCUGUGCCGCCAAGCAGGCCGGCUUGCCAGUCCAUUUAAAGAAUCUGCCUCAGCAGCGCCGGCGACCCCCGAAUAGCAUCUUAGCGGCUCCUGCUCUUGGAAGCAUCCGGCAGCUGCCGGACGGGACGGAGCAAGCCUGCAUUCUGCAAUUUGACUGGGACACCGGCCGGUGGCUACCGCAAGUCAUCGACAUUCCGCCCAACGAGCUGGAGCUCGAGGCUUCCUGGGAAGAAGGUGAGGAAGCCGAAGCCGACGGACAGCAGAUUCAACCUCUGAGUUUGGAGGUCGGCCAGUCCCUGGGCGCGGACAUCCUCCGCUCCCUCUGGGAGUUCGAGACGGAGGUGACGGAGCCCCAAGCAGUUGCCACCCCGUCAAGGUCGAUCUUCAACCCUUCGGCACCGGAGUUCGAGCCGGGCGGGAGGUGCUUCGUGUCCAGCUUCAGCGAGGAGCCCCCUGAACAGGUCGUCAGCACAGACACCUCAGCUGGGGCUGCUUCCGAAGCUACAGAGGGCUCCGAUGCCGCUGCGGGCGCCGAGCUCGGCGAGUCCCCGAAUCCCACCGAGCUGGGCAGCCUCUCGUCCGAUGCCGUUCCGGAUCGAGAGCCGAGGGCCAGGGCCGGGCAGGAGCUGCCGGACGACUGCCAGAGCCAAGCCUCCGAUGGUUCCGGGACGGAAGCCGAGGCGAUUGGCCCGGCGAAUGGCGAAGGCGGCGACCUGGGAAAAAUGCCGCUCCAGGCCCAGGGCUCCACUCGGAAGAGCGAGCCGCACUGGCCGUGCACUGUGAUGUGA